UAAGAAAACCUAGAAUCGAGCUCUUCAUGUCGACAUCGUCCUGUUCUUAGUUAUACAAAUCUUCCUUGUGUUAAUUCAAGUGAUACUUCAGGGAAAUUAACUCUUUAUCGGAAUUUCAUACUAUAGAUGUUAAAUAUAUAUAUAUGCUAGCAUCAGUAGAACACGUGUGUGCCGUUGAACUAUUCCCCAAGAUCGUCGUGUUGGGACUAUACAACAUAAGCAUUCCUUAACUGUACAAUUCAAGAAUGGGAUUUAAAAAUCAGCAUAACAAAUCAACCCGAACAGUCUUCAAAAACAAAAAGCUGAAGUGACCUGGCCCCUAGAGAUCAGCUUAUAGUUUUGACCUGACUCAAACAAAACCGCCAAUGUCUGUGCAGGUUAAGAUUGAGCUAGGUCACAGGGCCUCGGUGCGUUCAAAUCCAACAGAGAAUGGGUUUACCCACGACUGGACUGUGUUUGUAAGGGGACCUGAUGGUUGUGAUAUUGCUCACUUUAUUGAGAAGGUCGUAUUCAAUCUUCACCAUAGCUUCACCAAUGCUAAACGAGUAAAGACAUCCCCACCUUACUAUGUGUCAGAGUCAGGAUAUGCUGGAUUUAACUUUCCAAUAGACAUAUACUUUAAAAACAAGGAGGAGCCGCGUAAAAUUCGCUACCAGUAUGACUUGUUUCUGAGAAUGGCCGACAAUCCCCCUGUGAACCAUACCCGAUGUGAGAAACUCACUUUCCAAAAUCCUACUGAGGAAUUCAAACGCAAAUUACUGGAAGCUGGAGGGAUUGUUGUCAACCCCAAUGGGGAGAAAGAAACUGGCCAGUUUACAGACUUGUUUGGUCCUCCUAUCCAGACUGACACAGUGAAGAAAUCUAAACACUCAUCAUCCAAGUCAAAAGGAAGUUCAUCUAUUUCUGGCAAGUCCAUACCUGGGUCUGGUUCCAAGGACACUUCAAGUUCCUCUUCAUCAUCAUCGUCAGGGACUUUAGCUCAAACGGUCACUUCCAACACCACGUCGAGUACCACCAUUAUCAGCUCGAGUGAAUCAAGUUCUAAAUCACAUAAAAGUUCCUCUAAAGACAAACAUUCCUCGUCUUCGCAGAAAAGGUCUUAUGAUGGCUCUCAUGAUGAUGGUGGCAAGAAGGCUAAGAAAAGCUCGUCUGGGUCCUCACCAUCAGAUGGUAAGGUCAGGGAUAAACAUGGAGAAAAGUCUGUGGAAAAAAACAAACAUUCAAAGGAGAAAGAUUCUUCCUCCUCAUCAUCAAAACAUAAAGAAUCCUCUUCAAAGGAAAAGGAUUCUUCUUCAAAGGAAAGGGAUUCUUCUUCAAAGGAUAAGGAUUCCUCUUCUAAAGACAAAGAAUCAUCUUCAAAGGAUAAGGAAUCCUCUUCAAAGGACAAAGAGUCUUCUUCAAAAGAAUCUAAGGAGAAAAAUUCAUCAUCUAAAGACAGUUUAUCAUCAUCCAAACAUAGAAAUAAAUCUUCAUCCUCUAAAUCUCACAAAUCCAAUAAAGAUAAAGACAAAAGCAAAUCCUCCAAAAGUAGCAGACAUGAGAGUAAGCAUGAUUCUGUUAGAGAGGACACCAAAUCUAAAGUGAAAAGUGAAACAGUCUCUUCUAGUAGUAAGGUGAAAAUGGAAAUGGAGGUAAAAUCUGAGAUUAAAAGUGAAACCCAUACGUCCAGUAAAGUAAAGACAGAGGUCUCUGAGGAGAGAGUGAAAGUUAAGACUGAGGUUAGUGACAAACAUUCUUCUCCUAGCACCAAAAAUACUUUUUCAAAAGAAGCAUUUGCCAAGGAGAAGUUAUCAUCUCAUGGUAAAAAGAAUAAGGAGAAACCCCGAAGAUCAAGUGCAGGGACAUCACAACCACCAAACAAGCGAAAGCGGAUUAUUUCUGAUGAUAGUGAGGACAGUAGUAAUGACAGCUCGUCAUCGUCGGAAGAUAAUAUGGAACAGGAUGUAGAGGAGCCAGAGCUUCGUGACCUACACCAAUCACGACUUAAUGGGACUCAUAGUGAUAGUGAGGAUAGUCUGAAUGAUGAAAUUGAUGAUGGUGAGGAAAGUACAACAAGACCAAGUUCUGUGGCAUCAAACACUUCCAUGGCUUCCACUAACCCCUCCCCACAACCCACAAUGCAACAGCAAACAAAACGGGCUCUUGAUAGACUCAUGCAAGAUUUGAGUGACCAAGAUGAUGAUGACGAUGAUGAUGACGAUGAUUUGAUUCCUCAAGCUUUUCGUUCUCCUGUUAAAACUUUUUCACCCUCCUCUGUAAAAAGUUCUCGAGCUUCGCCAGGAUCUGUUAAAAGUACAAAAAGUUCAUCGUCUCCUGCUGUGAAAUCUUUGAGAAUGGAUUCUCCACCAUCUCAGAAAACUACGAGGGAAAGUUCACCAUCACAUUCAAAAAGUGUUUUGUCACCUCAUUCCCAGAAGAGUUCCAAAUCUAGUCAUCAUUCCACCAUUGAAUCAAAAGAUCAUUCCUCUUCAUCAACACCUUCAACUCAGUCAUCGCAAAAGAAAUCAUCUAAAUCAUCAUCAUCUUCUUCCAAAAAUAAAAAUGACAGUAAAUCUGAAAGCAACAAGAAGGACAAAGGGAAUUCUAGUGCAUCUGUAAGAGACAACUCCAAGUGUGACUCAAGUGUCAAAACUGAAAGUACGGUGAAAGAGAAAAAAUCUAAAGAUAAGGAACGGAAGUCAAGUAAGGAGUCUGCAAAGCAAAGGAAAGCAUGCAAGGAAAAUAUUGCUGAAAAUCAAGAGAAUUCCUACAGAGAAGAAAGAUCAAACACCAAUAACAAUUACGCCAGUGAAACACAUGAGCCGGAGCGAGAGAUGAAUGGAAAUGGCCAUAUCAAUUUCGGAGAUAUUCUGGAGCAGCACAACCUUGGAAAUGCUCCCAAUGGGCAAGAUCUUGUCUCAUUGCUGGAUCUCCAUAAAAAACUAGAAACAAUGAAAGAUCGUGGAGUUCUUCAACAAAUUGUGACUGUUAUAUUGGAGACAGGAAAAUACGAAAUCGGAGAAGCAUCAUUGGACUUUGAUCUUUGUGCUUUGGAUAGCAAGACUGUGGAGAGGCUUCAGAACUUCAUUGGUGGUUCAGCUCCCUAGUCAGUGUCUGAUGUACAGCCAGAUAAAAGACCUCUUCCAGAAUAAGUGUUUCAUUUCACCUCCUUGUAUGGUGAUAAAAGUGAACUAAAGAGGUAUGGUUGUCAUGGAUUUGAGGAAAUUUUGUUUUGCUCUGCAUUCAAAUCCAAGGGAUGAGAAAGGAUUGAAGUCUGAUGUCGUGUCAAAAGGACCAGUAAUUUAUAUGAUGCCCUGAAAUUUCCAAUGUGUUUUUCAUAUGUUGUAGACUUAUAUCUGGUGUUAACAAUAAUACAAUCCAGAAAUUCUCAAUACAGUACUGUUAGAGUGGCAAUAAUUCGACCACCUUAAGCGUCUUAAAUUUGAAAAUAUUUGAAUUACUUAAUUACCGGAUACCUAUUGAUACAUAAAGAAUUUCCCUUGUUAAUUCUGGAGAGUGGGAUAACCUGAUUAUCGUUAGUGUUGGGUAGAUUGAUGAAACUCAAUCAAAUAUGCUAAUUUUUGGAAGGAAUUUUAUUUCAUACUUUGGAAACAAAAAAAGUUGAACGUGUACUGAAUAUUUCAAUAUGAUGAUAUAUUCUAAUGGUAUCUGGGUUUUUUUAACCUUAAACUAAUCACAUCUCCUUUCAGUUUUUGGUUGGUAAAUGCAUCAUUUUCUAAUAAUAUUUCAAAGUCACAGAUCAUGCAUCCUUUUAGUUAUCUCAAUCUUUGCAGUACCUCAGAUCCUAAGAUUGUCUCAUGAAUCGUUCAAUGUACCCUGUAUAUAAUGGCAGAGGAAGCGACCUCAAUGUCCAAACAUUUACAUACAAAAGUAUGUUAUACAGUAGGAUCCAGUAAUAUCACAGAAGUAUGCAUGAGGACUAGUAUUUGGACUCGUUGAUACCUGUUUUUUACUUAGCUGUUUCAAUUCUUCAAUUUCAUUUGGAUUGCAGUAUAACCGAUAGGAUACUAGUAAGGUUAGGGUUAGGGUUAUAAUACUGUUUGAAUUAGUUAUAUUAAAGUGACGUGGUUCAAGACCAGUACCCGGUAGUUACCCUAUAUAGGUCACCUUCAUGACCUAGUUACCCUAUAUAGGUCACCUACAUGACCUAGUUACCAUAUAUAGGUCACCUACAUGACCAAGUUACCAUAUAGAGGUCACCUACAUAACUGCUUGUAUUGGCUAUGUUGCCUUGGUGCAUAUAUGGUGCUGAAUUUAUAGACAGUUCUUCUUUCCAAAAUAUCUGCUUAAUUGUACCAAAAAAAUCAUCUGUCAUUUGAAUUUCCAAGGAUGAAACAAUAUCUAGGUGACAAAGUUUGAUGUAAUAACAGAUUCAUUGUACCCAAGU